AUGAAUGGGGCUACAAGAUUGAUUAAUGAUCAGAAUCGAACUGCCCAGUUGGCAGCUCAAUUCAACGACUUCUACCUUCAAAUCACAUCUCCUUCCAUAAGUCAAAUUGGUAAUUAUAGAAUCAUUGAAGAAAUUGGUGAAGGAGCAUUUGGUAAAGUCUAUUUAGCCAAACAUAUCUUACUUAAUAUCAAUGUGGUUUUAAAAUGUGGGUUGGUAGAAGAUCCUAAUAUAGUACGAGAAAUCUAUUAUCAUAAACAGUUGAAACAUAAAAAUAUCGUCACUUUAUAUGAAGUUAUUAAAACUGAACAACAUCUAUGGUUAGUCUUAGAAUAUUGUGAAGGAAGUGAAUUAUACUACUUAAUCUAUGAAAAGAAAAGAAUCCCAAUAGAAGAAUGUCAACAUAUCUUCUUUCAAAUCGUACUAGGUUUGAAGUACGUUCAUUCACUAAAUUUAAGUCAUCGAGAUUUGAAAUUAGAAAAUAUCUUAUUUGCUGAUAAAAAGAAAACUCUUAUUAAAUUAACUGAUUUUGGCUUUGUAAGAGAAUUUAAUCCUCAAUCAAGAAAGUUCUUAUCAACCGUAUGUGGUACCACUGUUUAUAUGGCACCUGAAUUAUUAAAAGGGGAAAAAUAUUCUGGUUUUGCAGUUGAUAUUUGGUCAUUGGGAGUUAUACUAUAUACUAUGGUAUAUGGACAAUUACCAUUUGAUUUUGAUGAUGAUUUAAAGAAUAAAUUCAGUAUUAUUCAUGAAGAACCUUCAUUUCCUGAUUUCAUACCAUCUCAUAUAAUUGAUUUAAUCACUAAAAUGUUACAAAAGGAUCCUCAACAACGACCUGAUCUUAAUGAAAUCUUAAAUUCAGAAUUCUUAAUUGAUUUAAAUAAUAAACAUUUACGUAAAGUGAAUAAGAAUAAAAUGAGAUUGGAAACUGAAUCAAUCAUUUCUAUCCAUCAACAUUAUCAAUCUAAUAAUCAACCAUUCCAAUCAAAAACUGAACGUGAAGUAGUUAAGAAAUUAGAAAAAUUAAAUGUCGAUAUUGACGAUUUACAACGUGGAGUAUAUACCAAUGAAAUGAAUCCAUUAACUUCAUUCUAUGAAUUAUUAUUAACUGAAGAAUAUAAAAAGAAGAAAUUAAAAUAUUAUCGUGAAAAGAAAAAGAGAUAUUAUGAUGCAAAAAGAACACUUAAGAAAUCUCGUAAAAGAGUUAAAAGUGCUCUUUCAUUGGUCGAUCAAGCAACAGGGGGUGUGGCUAGUUCUGCAGUAGGUGGCCAACCGUUAGAAAGAAUCUUAUCAACCUUAAGCCUUUCUUCAAAUCGUAAUUCAAGUAAAACUAAUAUUCAUAAAUUAACAUCUGAAAGAAGAAAAUCAACCGAUAUUUCAGAAAAGAGAAUUGAAUCUCAACUGACUAAAAAUUCCGAUUUCCUAAAUCCAACCGCAUUAGUAUCAACUCCAACUUCUUCAACUACCAAAAUUGCUCCUGUAAAUUCAGCUUCCAAAAAGGAAUUUUAUAUCCCUGAAUCACCUCCAUCAGCAGAUAAUAGAAAUCGAACCUUAACUAGAGUGAUUUCCUUUGUGCCUGAUGAAAAGGCAAGAAAACCAUCCAUAGCAUCAUCAAUAACGAAUAAUGAUCGAUUCAGUAAGAGAAGGAAUAGAAAUAAUAACAACUUUUUAGAAAAGAUACAAUUUUGGAAAAAACAACCGAAAAAUGCUGAUGCCCCUGAUACAUCAUCAAAUAGUGGUCAAUCAUUACCUAAAUCAUCUACCGAUUAUAGUAACAAUAAUUCAAAUCAUUAUAAUAAUGGUGUAAUCGAUAAAGUGACGCCUAGUACAUCUCGAAGUCUUGAAAAAUCAAUCAAUAAUAAUAACAAUGCUACCAACACAUCACCUAAUGGGGUUGCAGAAGGAUUAAGACCAGCAUUUACGCUUGGUGGAGAUUUGAAUAAACCUGAUAAUCCAAUACCGAGAGAAUCGUUUGAAGAAGAUAAUAAAUUGAUUUCUCCCGCAUACGAACAACCAGCUACCCCACCGGUAGCAGAAUCAUUUGUAAGAUCAACUAGAACUAGACCAACUUCUAUUGUUUCACAAAUAUCACAAAUGAGUCAUUUCAGUCAAAUGUCAACCAUGUUAUCGGAAUCGGAAUUGGAUAUUCUUGAUGAAACUGAUACUAUGGAUGAGGAUUAUGAAGAAGAUGAUGAUGCAGCUUAUGAAUCAAGUAUUAGUGUAUCUCAAGAUUUUACGAAAAACCUGUCUACGGGAUUAACACCCUCAGGAAGUGUGGCUACAUCUAAUAGUUCAUCGAAACCACUUGGAGGAGGGCAUGUUAAAAAGAAGAGACCUGGUUAUAAACGGGCCUUGUCGUCUGAUCUUUCAAUUCAAUCAGCUUCUACAACAGCUACUGUGUCUAAACAGCAUGCUAAGAAAUUCUCAUUAUCACAAUUAUCAUCGAAUUCUUCUGAAGAAAGUUCAAUCAAAUCUAACACGUUUGUCACUCCUGUCCCUAAUAAAAUGACACCCUCAGCCUCAUCAGAUAAUAAUACUCUUAACACAGUUAAUACCUUGGAGCAAACUUUGAAUAAUCCUACAUUCAUGGCAAGAUCAAAUUCGCCUGAUUUUUCGAAAUUAAAUAAAAAACGUUGGAAGAAUCCGAUUUUUUCAAAUUCAAUUUCAAGUAGUAAUAAUUCAUUAAAUAAUCAUAGUGAUCCAUCACUUAUGAAUUCUGGUCCUGGUCUUGGUCCAUCAUUUAUGAGAUCUCAAUCACCUCCUCCUAUAAAGGGUCCUAUGAUGAGACCACAACCAUUUGAUUCGAAGAGUAAUUCAAAUUCUCCUGCCCCUGCUGCUCCGUCACCCGGUUUAACUGCCAAUCCUCCUGAUUACUUCAUGACUCAUCAAAUGGAUACGAAAUGGGAAACCUCGUUUGAUAAUGUUUCUCAUAGUAUUCAUUCACCUCGUCCGAUGACUACCGCCACCACUACCACAACCAAAACCACAUUAUACGGUCCCGUCAUUAAUGAGGAAGAAGAAGGCGACUUUUGA